GUUUUUUUUUUGUUCUCGUAUGAUGUUUAUCACGACGGUCUUCGUACUAUCACUGCCGAAAGUGCCCGCCACAGCUCAAUCAUUCGGGCAACCCUUCUGAAUUUCACCCCUUUCAUUUUUGCUUUUCAUUUGCUGACAUCCCAUAAGUUACAGAGUACUCUCAUCGGGGGGUUUUUUUGCUAG